GUGAAAGGCGGUUGAAAGUUGACACCGGGUCAUCGAUCCAUAUUCUAGUCUUCUAGAGCAACGAUUUCACACUUUUAGCUCGUGUGUCUUAAGGCUGUCUACUAUGGGGACUUUGUGGAGGGGAUCUACCUCAUUUCUGAUGUGAUUUUCAGAGAUGGAGAGCGGUCGUACUUUUAUCGGGCGCUAAAAGUUAUGUGUUUGAGCGAUCGUAGUUUUAUUGCAUUUCGUAAUCCGGUAGACUUUUAAACGCGGAAGUAAAAUGAAGUUGUCUACUAUUUUUGGUAGUUUGUUAUCUCUUUUAUUAACUCAAAUAACGUUUAUUUGCUGUGAAUAUAAGCUAAAAAAUAUUGUUAUACCAGAGCUCAAAGAAGGAAACCCUUUUAAAGUAUUUACUGAUAGCGAAAUUGCUCAAUACGAUGGUACAAAUGAGAACAAACCAAUCUAUAUGGGAGUAAAGGGCGUUGUGUUUGAUGUCACAUCAGGAAAAGGUUUCUAUGGCAAAGGUCAGUCUUACAAUGCAUUGGUUGGACGUGAUGCAAGUCGAGCUGUUGCUAAGAUGUCAUUAGAGCCUGAAGAUAUCAAUUAUAAUCUGAAUGGGUUGGAUGAUGAUACAUUAAAAGCUUUAGAUGAUAUAUUUGUUGGUACCUACAUGGAAAAGUACCCUGUUGUUGGAUAUAUGCAGUACAAAGUCAGAGAAAUAAAGAAGAAACUCAGGGACAAUGGAGAACUUUAGUGAACCAAAUGGAGUAGUGAUGUCUUUUAUGAUAAGAUAUUAUUUUACUUAUUUUGCUCAUGCUUAAUAUAAUCUCAGAAAUGUAUAUUCUUUAGUACAUUUACUUGUAAAUUGUAUACUUGAUCAGUGGCUAGUUUCCAUCCCAGUAAAAUGUAUCCAAUUUUAUUGUUUUGAAAAAUUAAAAAAUAUAAUUAGACAGAUAUUUUUAUAUUGUACACUUACUGAUUUGUAGAUAAAAUCAAUUUAAGAAAACCUUGAUAUUGGUGAAUUCAAAUUAAACUUGUCAAAUAAAAAGGUUCGAAAUGUCAAUCCACCUCGAUUUUUUGUAUAAAUUCAAUCAAAUAUUCCAUAUGAUUUUUAUAAAUCUUGGAGAUUUCUCAAAUGUUCUGGGAUUGUAUGAAUCCAAUCCUGGAUAAAUAAUCUGAUAAUUUAUCCCAAUUGACUUUAAUUGAGAUAAAUUCUAGGAAUAUGUGAAUUCAUCAUCUGUUGUAGGUAUAAAUGUAAAUCAGAUAUUUUUACAGAGAUUUAUAUUCAUGUACAUGAUGUAAAGCCAUGUAGAUUAGUCUAGUCUGAGAAUAAAUGUAAUAUA